CUCAGCGCUCGCAUCCUGCCUUGCCGGGGGCUCUCCUGAUCUCCGUGGAGCUCCUCAUCGCUCAGCCCCGGUGGUUUUGCUCCCCUCCUUCCCCACACACACGCACCCCAUCCCUCCUCUCUCUGUCCCCCCUUCUCUUUUCGCUCCCGGUGGCCUUGUCGGGUGUGUUUUUUGCCUGUUGGAAAAGUCCCUGCUGCCCAGGAUGGGGGUCGGUGGGUGCUUAGCCCUGCCCUGGAGGUGCCUAGUCGUCCUCUGUCUCAGGCUGCUCUUCCUUGUGCCCGCAGGAGUGCCCGUGCGCAGCGGAGAUGCCACCUUCCCCAAAGCCAUGGACAACGUGACAGUGCGGCAAGGGGAGAGCGCCACGCUCAGGUGCUCCGUGGACAACCGAGUCACCCGAGUGGCCUGGCUGAACCGCAGCAGCAUCCUCUAUGCCGGCAAUGACAAGUGGUGCUUGGACCCUCGGGUGGUGCUCUUGGCCAACACCAAAACCCAGUACAGCAUCCAGAUCCAAGAUGUGGAUGUCUAUGAUGAAGGCCCAUACACCUGCUCUGUGCAGACAGACAAUCACCCCAAGACAUCGCGCGUCCAUCUCAUCGUGCAAGUGUCUCCGAAGAUCACCGAGAUCUCUUCUGACAUCUCCAUCAAUGAGGGCGGUAAUGUCAGCCUCACCUGCAUAGCCACGGGCAGGCCAGAUCCAACAAUCACCUGGAGACACAUCUCACCCAAAGCCGUGGGCUUCAUCAGUGAGGAUGAAUACCUGGAGAUCACGGGCAUCACACGUGAGCAGUCCGGGGAGUAUGAAUGCAGCGCCUCCAAUGACGUGGCAGCGCCUGUGGUCCAGCGAGUCAAAGUCACUGUCAACUACCCACCGUACAUCUCGGGUGCAAAGAGCACUGGGGUGCCAGUGGGGCAGAAGGGCAUCCUGAUGUGCGAAGCUUCUGCUGUCCCCUCUGCUGACUUCCAGUGGUACAAAGAUGACAAAAGGCUGGCUGAAGGUCAGAAAGGACUGAAAGUGGAGAACAAAGCCUUCUCCUCCAAGCUGACUUUCUUCAACGUCUCCGAGCAGGACUAUGGCAACUACACCUGCGUAGCCUCCAACCAGCUAGGAAACACCAACGCCAGCAUGAUCCUCUAUGAAGAGACAACUACUGCCCUGACACCCUGGAAAGGUCCUGGUGCAGUCCAUGAUGGGAACAACGGCGCGUGGCGGCGAGGAGGCUGCCUGUGGCUCCUGGCCCUGCCGCUCGCCCAGCUCGCCCGCCACUUUUGACCUGAGAAGCCGGCCCGCGGAGCAGCGGCGGCGAUGACCAUGGCCAGCGAGUGCAAGCAGAAGGGAGAGGAGGAAGAAGAAGAAGAAGAAGAACAAGAAGAAGAAGAUGAUGUGUUCACCGUUUCCGAAAAUAACCAUAAGAAUUGAGAGAGUAUCCGGCCAGGCCACCUGGGGAGGGGGAGAGAAGCACCAAACCAUGCAACAAACCGCAAUGAGAAUUUGGAAAGGAGAGAAGCGACAACAAAAGCAGAACAAAUCCCAGGCUUCCUGCUGAACAUGCAACGCAACUGAGUCUUCUUUUCUUUUUUGCCCUAUUUUUUUUGGUCUCCCAGGCCUUUUUUCUCCCCUUUUUCGCUGUUCUCUGCCCACAGAGGACAAGCAGGGCCAUGGGGCAUGGCGCUUCCCACCACCCGCCCGCUCCUUCCCACUGGACCCUCCAUGCAGACGUGCCGGUUCUCUUCUUGGCUGAGAUUUCCCCGUCUUCUCAUGGAC